CACAGUAGCCAUCUUCAAAGCCAUCAGACAACUCACACACGGGAGAGAUCUUUUGAAUGCUCAGAGUGUGGAAAGCGGUUCAGUGAGAGACGGAAUCUUCAGAGGCAUCAUAGAACUCACACAGGGGAGAGACCUUUUGAAUGCUCAGAGUGUGGAAAGAGAUUCAGUCACAGUGGCAGUCUUCAAAGUCAUCAGAGAACCCACACAGGGGAGAGACCUUUUGAAUGCUCAGAGUGUGGAAAGAGAUUCAGUCGGAGUGGCUAUCUUCAAAGUCAUCAGAGAACCCACACACGGGAGAGACCUUUUGAAUGCUCAGAAUGUGGAAAGAGAUUCAGUCAGGGUGGCAGUCUUCAAAAGCAUCAGAGAACCCACACAGGGGAGAGACCUUUUGAAUGCUCAGAGUGUGGAAAGAGAUUCAGUCAGAAUGGUCAUCUUCAAAGUCAUCAGAGGACCCACACAGGGGAGAGACCUUUUGAAUGCUCAGAGUGUGGGAAGAGAUUCAGUCACAGUGGCAGUCUUCAAAGUCAUCAGAGAACCCACACAGGGGAGAAACCUUUUGAAUGCUCAGAGUGUGGAAAGAGAUUGCAGAGGCUGCAAGUGCUUCUAGCAGUAACUGGGCUGCUGAAAAAGGAGCAUGAAGGACCAAGCGAAGCUCCAUCAAAUCAUCUCAAGGUCUGA